AUUGAUCCAUCAGAUGGAGAAACAAAAAGUGAUUGUCAAAAAUCAGUUCCUGAAUCCAUAAGUCUUCCCCCUAGCAUUGAGACUAUGGAAAAAGAUAAGUUAAUUGCCUCAGGAAAAGCUGAUAGAUAUAAUACUGAUCACUUAGACUCUGGGCUCUUCCCAGAAUCACCUGAAUGUCAGAGAAAUGUCCAGGUUAUGAAACCAGGAAUCUUUUUGAAGUCCUCAAAUGUGACUACAGAAUCUGAUAGAAGUCAGGAGUUGGUAGAACAUAACAGUUUUGAUUUAAGUCAUAAACAGUUGCUAGUGAAGAAGUGUACUAAAGCUGUAAAUGUUGAAAUUGUUUCUGAUGGGAAUCCUGAAAAACUUGCUCCAAAAGUACAAGAUAAACUAGGCAGUCAUUUAGGAAUAAAAUCAGCCAUCACGCAUGCAAAUAAAAAUCCAUUAAACCACUUUAAUACAAAAUAUUUACACAUAGAGAAUAUUUAUCAUCAAGACCAUUCACAUUCUGUGCUUAAUCCACAGUCAACAAAUAUUGCUAUUCUGCCUGGUAAUGAACACUCAGGAAAUGCAAACAAAUGUACAAGCAGUCUUUCUUCAGUGUCAUCUGCUCAAGAAGUAGCAUCAGAUAUUCUUGUUCUUAAAGGCAAGGAUUCAAGCAGUGAUCACAUCGAGAAAGGCUGGUGGUUGUGGAUCUUUGCUGAUGGCUGGGCAGAUAUCUGGACAUGGCUGGAAAACCUUCUUGAUGAAUUCUUCCCUCCAGCUCAUGGUAUUCAGGAAGAAAGGCCAGGUAGCACAAAGGAAAGGUGUUCUCAUGAUCCGCAGAGCAAGAGCUAAUCUGGUACACCCAUAACUUCCUGCUACUACAGUCUUUCAGUCAGGUGGUGACUUUGCCCAGUUUGCUAAUAUUCCUUCUGUGCCAUAAAAGCCGAAUGUAUAGUAGUAUCUCGUCUUUUGUAAAGGAGCAACGGAAAUCUGAUAAAAAGCAUGAGGAAUGAAUUGCCUCAUUAUAGCAGGAUAAGGAGAAAAUGUAAUGUUCCAUUGAAUAGGAAGUAGCCAGGUGUCUGGAAAUUGAUGAAAGUUUGUAUUUUUGUUGCUUGCUUUGUCAUCUCGGAAUGAGGUUAAUGAGUGUACAUUUUAAAGUAAUAAAUAUGGAAAACAUA